ACAAAAAUGGCUGGUAACCAGAGCAAAUUGGUUGAUGAAAUAGAGAAAGCGUUAGCAAAGUCUGAAGGGUUUGCCCUUAAGGAUCUGCUGUUCUCUUAUAAGGGAAUCCCGUAUCCCUCCACUGUGUGCAGUGCAGAGACAUUCCAGGCUAUGGAGAACUUAGAAGCCAGAAAAGAUGAUAUCGUGCUGGUGUCCUACCCCAAAUGUGGUGCCAACUGGCUUAUCCAGAUCUUAAAUGACCUAACCUUUACAACUUUACAGAAAAAAACCAAAACCUCAGAACUGCCAUUUAUUGAAUGUGGAGAUCCAGAAAAAUACCAGAGGUUGAAGCAGUUCCCAUCUCCCAGGAUUUUGGCAACUCAUGUUCCCUAUGAUAUGAUCCCCAAGUCUAUCUUUAAGAAUAAAGCCAAGAUACUGGUGUUGUUUCGAAAUCCUAAAGAUACAGCUGCAUCAUUUUUCCAUUUUCACAACAACGUCCCAUCCAUCCCCAGUUAUAGCUCUUGGGAUGAGUUCUUCUCAGAGUUCAUGAAUGGAAAAGUCAGCUGGGGAUCCUAUUUUGACCAUGCAGUUGCCUGGAAUAAACACAUUGAGGAUGAAAAUGUUCAGAUUUUGAUAUAUGAAGACAUGAAAGAGAACCUGGCUUCAGCAGUAAAGCAAAUUGCUGACUUCUUUGGAUUCUCUCCGAAGGCAGAGCAAAUUCAGUCUAUUGCAGACAGGGCCAGCUACCAAGCAAUGAGGGAUAAAUCCCAGGAGACACAUGGCUCAGUUGGCCCAAUUCUCUUCCGGAAAGGAACCAUUGGUGAUUGGAAGAACCUUUUUACUGAAGCUCAGAACCAGCAAAUGGAUGCCAAAUUUAAAGAGUCUUUAGAUGGAACGAAGUUGGGAGCAAUGCUGAAGUAUGAUGUACACUGCAAAGCCUGAAAUGGGUUACAGAAAAGUUUUGCUUCUGUGUCAGCUUUUCAUUCACUUCUAUUCUAACUGGAAUUGUUUAAAUCAGGACAAAUAGCCCUGUAAUUUUCACCUUGAUCAUUCAGCCUAUAUUCACAUGAAUAAUCCUUGUUUAGGCAGGUGGUGCCAAUAGGAUUUCCUGGAUAUAUAAGGGUUGUAGGGCCUGACCUUGGUCCUUAAACUCAUUUUAGCUACAAUGCCAGGCUAUUUAGUAGAACUCUGUGUAAACUACAGUAUGUAAGUGCUAGAUUAUUUGGAUAUGAUGAAAUUAUUGGAAAUCCAUUCAACAUGUUAGAGUGAUUUUUUUGCAAGAGAUCUUACACAGCAACCUCUAUGAAUGUUCUUUUGCUUUCUACUUUGUAAACUCUUAAUAUUUCAGUAUAAAAAGUGAAGCUUUGGUUUGUUUGGUGUUAUGUUUUCCUGUUUUCCAAAUGAUGAUGUUAUGCCAUGAAAAAGCAGGGGAAUUGAGUGGUAGGAAAAACUCUUGAAUACUUUAAAUUCC